GAAAAUAAUAUUAUGGUUGGGGGUCAUCACAACAUAAACAACAGCAUCAGGAAGGUUGAGAGCCACUGCCUUAGAGUCUUUGAGGUCUCCAGGUCACCUUUCCACUUAAGAAAUUCAAAGAAUUGGCUCAGCCACACCCAUAGGGCUAUUUGGGUCAGGCCUCAUUGCCUUAUAGCCUUCUUUUGCCUGCCUAUCCCCCCUGCCUUCUCCACAACUCUACUAAAUAAAUGCUUGUAACACAUCAGGUCUCAAAUCCCCCUGACUGUCAAACCUUUGGUGUCAUACCCUACAGCAGUGAUCACCACCCUGGUUGCUGCUGGAAGAUUGGGCCACAAGGUGAGUGAGCUGCAACCAGAUAGUAUCAACAUUGGAGAUGUUCCUGAGGCCACCCCGUUUACUGAUGCAAGACCAAGGCCCUGUCCUCAGUAUGACUUCCCAUUCACAGGCUAAACAUGACACAAGUAGAUGUCCCUGUCACUCCUGAGAUCAUGACAACCUCAUGAAGGGCACCCAUAUCCCCACUGAUAGAAGAAACCACGGCCUGGAGAAGAGGACCUGUUGUCUGUGUGUAAUGUGUCCCAGAAUAGGGCUAAGUACCACACCUGGUUUGUCCAGAUCUGGCAACCACAACCUAGUCCCUCUGAGACUUCGAGGGAGGGUUUGGCAGCAGACACAGCCUUCCGCCAUACUCUGACUUCCUCUUCCUGUGAGGACACACUCCUCUGGCCUGUGACAGUGCUCAUCACUUUUUGGAACCUGCUUGCAGCCAGAGCCUGCUUCCCAGUCAAUAAACAUGGGGCGUGUGGCCUGGUGGCUGCAAGCUCAUGAGGAGGCGGCAAGCAAGCCGGCUGCACAGGUCCUGCGGCCUCAGGCCUCCUGGUUGCCCAAUUGGUGGCUGGGGGCGGGCUAUGGCCUCUGAUUAAAGGCUGCCUGAAGCAGCCUGUGAAGAGACAGGUGCCCAGAAGCCCUGGAAGCCAACUGAAGCCUGUCCCAGCUUUAGGCCUCACUGUUCCUGUGAGAACAUCAGCAUGUCUGAGCUGCCCCGGGCUGAGACCUUUGUAUUCCUGGACCUGGAAGCCACUGGGCUCCCAAACAUGGAUCCUGAGAUUGCAGAGAUAUCCCUUUUUGCUGUCCACCGCUCUUCCCUGGAGAACCCAGAGCGGGACGACUCUGGUGCUCUGGUGCUGCCCCGUGUGCUGGACAAGCUCACACUGUGCAUGUGCCCGGAGCGCCCCUUUACUGCCAAGGCUAGUGAGAUUACUGGUUUGAGCAGUGAAGGCCUGAUGCACUGCCGGAAGGCUGGUUUCAAUGGUGCUGUGGUGCGGACACUGCAGGGCUUCCUGAGCCGCCAGGAGGGCCCCAUCUGCCUUGUGGCCCACAAUGGCUUCGAUUAUGACUUCCCACUGCUUUGCACAGAGCUACAACGCCUGGGAGCCCAUCUGCCCCAAGACACUGUCUGCCUGGACACGCUGCCUGCGUUGCGAGGCCUGGACCAUGCUCACAGUCAUGGAACCAGGGCUCAAGGCCGCAAGAGCUACAGCCUGGCCAGUCUCUUCCACCGCUACUUCCAGGCAGAGCCCAGUGCUGCCCAUUCAGCAGAGGGUGAUGUACACACGCUGCUUCUGAUCUUCCUGCAUCGUGCUGCUGAGCUGCUUGCCUGGGCAGAUGAGCAGGCCUGUAGCUGGGCUCACAUUGAGCCCAUGUAUGUGCCACCUGAUGGUCCAAAACUUGAGGCCUGAAUGCCAGCACUAUCCGUUCAUCCAGGCUCUAAGACAUGUUCUUGCUCUCAGCAGCACCUGCCUGGCCUUCCUCAGCCUUGGCCUACCUGGCCAUAGGAUCCUAGAGCCUUCUCUGUGCCUUACCUCCAGUUGAACACCCUCUGGCUAGCCUGGGCUCCUGCAGUCUGCUCAUUCAGGGCUUCUACCUUUCACCCCAUUUAUCAAUAAAUAUCACCAACUAUUUACCUGCUGAUUUA